AUGGCAAAACAUGUCAUCUCUACUCUCUUUCUUAUUCUCUUCAUCCUCUUGACCACCAUUCCUUCUUCACAUUCAAACGACCAUACUGAUCUUGAAGCUCUUCUAGCAUUCAAGAAAUACAUACACGACGAUCCGUUGCACACUUUGAGCUCAUGGAACGAAACAAUGCAUUUCUGCAGAUGGAAUGGUGUCUCCUGCAGCAAAAGGCAUCCAAGCAGAGUCGUCUCUCUUUCUCUGCAGUCUCAAGGCCUCGUGGGAUCGCUCUCGCCUCACAUUGGUAAUCUCUCUUUCUUAAGAAUCAUCAACUUGCAAAACAACACCUUCAGCGGCCCAAUCCCUCAGGAGAUGGGUCGCCUCCGAAGGCUUCAAGUGAUCAAGUUUAGCAAUAAUUCUUUUGGUGGUGGGAUUCCAACAAACCUAUCACAAUGUACAAAUCUCUAUUACCUGAAUUUGGUUGACAAUCAGCUCACCGGAGUCAUAGUUCCCGAGAUAGCUUCCCUUGUCAACCUCAAAACUUUAGGCUUGACGAAAAACAUGCUUUCAGGGACUAUCCCGCCAUUCCUAGGAAACUUCACAGAUCUAUCCCUACUGUCGAUAGGUUCUUGCCGCUUCAAGGGAAAGAUACCAGAGUCGCUCGCUAAACUUCAAAGAUUGCAGGUGCUACUUAUGUAUGACAAUAAUCUAACUGGUUCUAUUCCACUCGGCCUCUAUAAUCUUUCAAGUGUCGAGUAUUUCGGAUUUGAUUACAAUCGACUUCAUGGAAGCAUACCUGUCGACAUAGGCUCUACACUUCCCGAGUUGAAGUACCUUUAUUUGAAUGGUAAUAAUUUCAGUGGAGCACUUCCAGCUUCGCUAUCUAACUCUUCCCUCAUUGAACUCAUAGAAGUAUCUGAAAACAGUUUCACCGGAAAUAUGAUAGAUUUAACUAGAUUUCCAGCUCUUAAAGUGCUUUUGGUUGCAUCUAACCGUUUCAAUGGAGAUAUAGGUACUAUUUUGUCAUCCCUUACAAACUGCACCAACCUUGAAACUUUGGAAUUGAAUGGAAACCAUUUCACUGGUUCGUUACCAGACUCCAUUGGCAAUCUUUCUGAUCACUUGUCGUCCUUACGCCUCGAUAAAAAUCAGUUAAGUGGAAGCAUUCCAUCCAGUAUAGGAAACCUUGUUGGUCUCACUUCUUUAGUAGCUGAUACCAAUAAUCUAAAAGGCCCAAUUCCUUCCUCCAUUGGAAAACUCCAUAACUUGCAACUUAUCACUAUCCAUAAAAAUAGACUGAUAAAUGAGAUGCCAUUUUCAUUGGGCAACUUGACUUUGUUGAACAUUCUUUCCUUAGCAUUAAAUAAUCUUUCUGGGAGUAUACCUCAAAGUCUUGGCAACUGUACCAACUUGUUAGAAUUAGGUCUUGCAUACAAUAACCUCAGUGGCUUAAUACCUCCUGAAAUCAUGAAGCUUUCCUCCAUGUCCAUUGGACUUGAUCUAUCUGGCAACGUUUUGACGGGUACUAUUCCAUCAGAACUUGGGGCUUUGAGAAAUCUUGGAUACAUGGACUUGUCCAACAAUAGAUUAUCCGGAACCAUUCCUCCUUCUUUGGGGAGUUGUGUGAUGCUCAGCUCACUUUACCUAGAUAGAAAUUCUUUUCAAGGUGAGAUACCUGAUAGUUUGAGGGCUUUGAGAGGUUUAGAAUAUUUGGAUCUUUCACAGAAUAACCUUUCAGGAGUGAUUCCAAGAUUUCUUGUUGAGUUUAGCUUGUUGUAUCUCAACAUUUCUUUCAAUAACCUGCAAGGAAACCAAAACUUGUGUGGAGGUAUUGCAACUCUGAACCUUCCUUAUUGUCCGUCAUCACCAAAAUCCAACAAGAAAGGUUUGGGGAAAAUCUUGAUCCCAGCUAUUGUCGGAGCCAUAUGCCUAGCGCUUGCAUUGUUCUUAUGUGUCGUCAUUAUCUACAAGCAAAGAACAUUGCAAAAUGUUGGAAACCCAAUAUUCCGACUGCCAGACAUUUUGAGGCUAUCUUACGGAGAUCUCUUGAAUGCUACAAAUGGAUUCUCGGACAUGAAUCUAGUUGGUGUAGGUAGAUUUGGAUCUGUGUAUAAAGGAACUAUCAAUGAUGAUGAUGAGCAGACAGAUGUGGCGGUGAAGGUUCUUAAUCUUAACGUAAGAGGAGCUUGUAAGAGUUUGGCAUCAGAAUGCAAUGCAUUGAGAGGCAUACGACACAGAAACUUGCUCAAGAUUGUGAGUGUUUGUGACAGCAUUGAUUUUCAAGGGAAUGCUUUUAAGGCAUUGGUGUAUGAAUUUGUGGCCAACAGAAGCCUCGAGGACUGGCUUCAUUCAGAGAAUGAAGGCAGGGGAGCUCUCAAUGCUAUCCAGAGACUGAAUAUUGCAAUUGAUAUUGCAUGUGCAGUUGAGUACUUGCAUUGUGGUACAGACUCCAUAGUUAUUCAUGGAGAUUUGAAGCCGAGUAACAUUCUCUUGGAUCAAGACAUGUUCGCCAAAGUUGGUGAUUUUGGUUUAGCCAAAAUUGUCUCAAGCAGUUCAGAGUAUGGCGUGAGCCUCGUUGCAUCAACUGAAGGGGAUGUAUACAGUUACGGAGUUCUUGUGCUUGAGAUGUUCACAAACAGAAGACCAACAAGUGAUGCAUUCGAAGGGUAUCUAAAUCUCCAAGACUUCGUUAGCACAGCCUUAACCGACCGUGUAAUGGAAGUAGUGUAUCCAUUUCUGUAUCAAGAACUUAAUGUGGAUGAAAAGUAUUGGGAUUGCAUUGUUUCAAUUCUGAGGAUUGGAGUGAGAUGCUCAAAGCAGCUUCCAAGAGAUCGCAUGUCGAUGGCAGAUGUUGUUAAUGACUUGAAAAAGAUAAGAAAUGUUCUUCCUAUACUCUGA